UUUUCAGAUGAUCAAACACCUCAGAUUGUUCAAGAUCCAAAGAGCCAAAGUGCCUCGAUCGGUUCCAAUGCUACAUUUAGCUGCACUGCUAGGGGCUUCCCGAGGCCAACAAUCCAUUGGAUAAAGGACAAUGCUUCAAAUCCUUUACAGUCUAACCCCAGAGCAAGUGUUAUUCAAGACAGGCCAAGGAAUCGCAGCCAGCUUUUCAUAUCGAGAGUAGAAAUGGGAGACUAUGGAAAAUAUCAAUGCAUUGCAAAUAACAGCAUUGGAAGAAGUCAAUCAGGUGUGGCUAUCUUAAGCAAAGAUGUCCAAAAACUUGAGGUUGUUGAUGGCCCAAAGAACCAAAGUGUCUCGAUUGGUUUCAAUGCUACAUUUAGCUGCACUGUAAAGGGCGUCCCGAGGCCGACUAUUCAUUGGAUAAAGGACAAUGCUUCAUAUCCUUUAGAGUCGAACCCCAGAGCAAGUGUCAUUCAGGACAGCAACGAAAUUCGCAGCCUGCUCUUAUUAACAGGAGUACAGAAGGAAGAUUUUGGAAAAUAUCAGUGCAUUGCAAAUAACAGCUUUGGAAGAAGCCAAUCAGGUGUGGCUUUCCUAAACAAAGAUGUCCAAAAACCUGAGAUUGUUCAAGGUCCAAAGAACCAAAGUGCCUGGAUCGGUUCUAAUGCUACUUUUAGUUGCACUGCUAAGGGCUUCCCGAGGCCAACAAUCCAAUGGAUCAAGGAUAAUGUUUCAUAUCCUUUACAGUCUAAUCCCAGAGCAAGUGUUACUCUAGACGGGCCAACGAAUCGUGGUCAGCUGUUCAUAACCAGAGUAGAGAUGGAAGAUUAUGGCAAUUAUCAGUGUCUUGCAAAAAACAGCGUUGGAGGAAGCCACUCAGGAAAAGCUGUAUUAAGCAAAGCAACUACUACCCCCACACCUGUCACGGAAAGACAGCUGGAAGAUUCAGCAUCCCACACUACUAUUAUCGCUGUUUCAUGCGUUUUGAUAGCUGCACUUAUUUGUGUAGUCAUUGGGUUUUUGUGGAAUCGGUGUAGAAAUCGCGAUAACAUACAUGCCCAAUACACCCAGACCGUUGCUAUUCGUCUACGGUCGUUGACGAAUCGUCAAACCGAAAGUCGAAUCUUGCGUGAACAUACCGGAUUUUGAGGGGUGUGAGCAAUGAAUGAAAAUGAUUAGCAUGGUACGAGUAAAUGAAAACAUAAACUUCCCUCUUUCUUAAAGCAUGAAACAGCCGGAAGUCCAUUUUCAGAAUAUUAUAUUAGGUAUGGGUCGCACUUGUGCAAAGUCAACUUUGCCGGCAAAAAGACCACAGAAAAUUUGAAACCGCAACCGGAAGGCAAACUUUUGGUUUCAACUAUCAGGGUCGCACUAGGUGAAAAAAA